CUAGGAUAGAAACAAUGUUUGAUUGUUCUCUAGAAUGAGAGCUGAGUUUGUGAAAUAUAUAUUUUGCUUCAUUUUUAUAGAAACCCAGAUUACUUUUUCUUUCUUUAUGCCUACUCCGGAUCAAUUGGCUAAAAACAAGUUUUUCACUGAUACAGCACAGAACGCUGACCAGCAAAGCUCUAAUGUUAAGCCAGAGUUAAUAGAAGGAGAUAUUCAACCUUCACGUAAGGAUGUAAACCGUCGUGUGAAUCUGGAGAACUUGACUUAUGUUGAGGCUAGAUCUGGAACUGUAGCAGAUAGAUGGGAUGCUCAUUGGAUACCUUACCAAAUAAACUACGACGGGAUUGAAGAUGGGUAUCGUUUGUAUGUGAAACUCAAACUGAACUACGUCAUCAAAGUAGAAUACAAGAACAAAGUUGGUGACUGCAUCCAUUUCUGUGAGCGCCGGGUUGAUUGUCCCAGAGGUGUCUGGACUGGAAAUUAUAUAAAAAUAGGGUUUACUGAGUCAGGUUGCUGGUCUGUAGUUGGUAGAGAAGGUGGAGGUCAACCAUUGAACUUAGCCUUUCCUGGUUGCAUGUCGAAGGGAACUAUCACUCAUGAGCUAAUGCAUGCUAUAGGAUUUUUCCACGAGCAGUCAAGUUGGAGGUCGUCUUUGGAGUCUCAUUCUAUGCCGGACCGGGAUGGUUUUGUGAAGAUUGUCAGAACUAAUAUAGAGACAGGACAAGUAAAUAUAAAAAAUCAAUUACAAAAAUUAAUUGCUUGUGAUUAGCUAUAGUUCCCGGUGUCACGUGAUAAAGUCUUCAGGCGUGAAAUAAUGUCCAGGUACUGUGUUUAGGUCUUAAACAUUAAAUUAAAAAUUAUCUAAUUAUAUUGAACAGAUUAAUUUACAUUUUAGCGACUUAUUUUUACAUAACUUUUGAAUAUGAAAGGUCAGAAGUUAAUUUACUAAUGUUUUGAAAAGAAGACGACAUUCGAGACGAAAUAUUGUUUUUUACAUAUUUUCUAGUAUUGCUACAUUUAAAAACUAAUUUAACUAGAUGUUUACGUUCAGCAGAUCUUUAUCAAUGCAUCCAUAAUUUGAUAUUGUGGAAAAAGUGUCCAAAUCAUCAAGAAGUGCCCCUCUACCCGAGCAUUAUUUCACGCCCGGACACUUUUUCAACGUCACACC